UGUGUAUAUGGUCGGGAUGAUCUGAAUAUAGACAUGCGCGACGUAGGUACGGAAUGGUCGGAAACCAAAAGCUGAGGCGGCAGAGCUGUAAAAGGUGAAUUUAGGUUACUGCCUAGAACCCCCAAAAUCCUGAGACUUCGUUAAGUGCAGCGUCUGAGAAAUGAUUCGUCGUGGGCGUUUGCUCUUGCUUGCCUUCACUCUACAUUGCGGCGCAGUAAAGCCACGGCGCUAAGGUUGUGUCUUCUAGAUAUCUCGUUUCGCCUGCAGAGAGAGCACUACAAUUUCUUUUAACCACUGCAAAAUGUCAUUCCUGAUCACUGCACUUAUCGACUGUAUCACAGGCGUUGCGGCCGAGGACAAGCCCCGCCCAGACGAGAAGCAAGCGCUCGUGCGCAGUCUUCAUAUCCGCCCGCUCGACGAAGUCGCGAAUAAAGUCGUCAACGCCCUGCUCCGCGCUGAAAAGGCAGGCGCUGCACUCAAGGACGAACUCAAUUCUAUAGUCGGUCCGUAUGGGUGGAAAGAAUACUUGGCGGAGAGGGUGUUGGAGAUGUUGGGAAUUGCGCUGCAAGGCGCGCACGACAAACUUGGGCCGGUGAUUCGCGAUGCCUACCAACAAGCAUGGAACGUUGCAAACGAGAUUGAGGGCUUCGUCAUCCAGCAUCCGGUCAUGUGCACGAUCAUCGCGCUCGGCGUCCUCACCGUCAUCGCACCUUGGGUAAUUGAAGCGUUGGGCUUUGCGGAGCUCGGUCCUUUAGAGGGCUCCUUUGCAUCCUGGUGGCAGUCAUCUUAUGGCGGAUUGGUACCCAAGGGGUCUCUGUUUUCUUUUUUCCAGCGCUUGGGCAUGGUGUGGCUGCGGCAUUGACCGCCUCCCGGCGCUGCGUUUAGGGCUGCAAUUACACAGUACAUCGUGUGACGAUGCGCGCGGAAGGCGAAUCGGAGACACGGACAAACAUCGAGUCAAGCUGAGAAUCUGAAGCCGUGGUCAGAUAUCCUCGGAAGUUAGGA